ACUAUACAUGCUUCACAAUCAGUCGAGUAGCGGCAGGUACUCGCUCUGGGUCCAUCUAAUUCUUGCUUGGCACCGCUGAUUUGCCUGGCAUUAUUCGAGACACUACUACUUCUUAUCUUGUAGUUUCUCCCGCUUAAGGAUAUUUUUUUUUUUUAAAUAUCAACUCAGACCUCUUUUUACCCUUUUUUUUUUACUUCGCCGUCAACAUCAACCUAUCAUACACACAUUUUCUAUGUAUACGCGCACACACAGACAGACACACACACAUACAUAUAAAUUCAUGUGUACAACACUCGGAUCUAGCUGACCAUGUGAAAGAGAUCGCCGAUAAGUAAGGGCUGUCUUUUAAAGCCAUCUAAAUUAUAUUACUGGACAUUUUACAAUCAUGGUAUCGGUGUUAGACAGACCAGAACUGACGAAAGAAGGUACGAGGCCACAGGAUGGAGUCCGUGAUAUGAUCAUUAUUAGCAAUAUUGAUGAAAAUGGCGUGAAUAUAAACCUACAAACACGAUAUAACAAAGAUCUGGUUUAUACAUUCACUGGAUCCAUCUUAGUAGCUGUGAAUCCUUAUAAAAAUUUACCGAUUUAUGAAGAGAAAGAUGUCCAAGAAUAUAGCGGCAAGAAGUUAACUCAGGUGCAACCUCAUGUUUUUGCCAUAUCUGAGGCUGCAUUUCAGCAUCUUCGUACAUCUGAUGACAAUCAAUCUUGUAUCAUAAGUGGAGAGAGUGGUGCUGGAAAGACAGAAACUACUAAAUUUAUUUUGCAAUAUUUAUGUUCUGUUACAAAUCAUACGUCCUUCUGGGUUGAACAGCAAAUCCUUGAAGCAAAUACAAUUUUGGAAGCUUUUGGAAAUGCAAAAACAGUCCGAAAUGACAACUCUAGUCGCUUUGGUAAAUUCAUGCAAGUUUGCUUUGAUGACAACAAUCAGAUCAUUGGUUGUAUUGUACAGGAUUACUUACUUGAACAGUCCAGGAUAACAUUCCAGUCAGCCAAUGAACGGAACUACCACGUCUUUUAUCAAGUAGUUGCUGGUGCUGCAGCGAAUCCAGAGAUCAAGGAACAAUAUUAUCUGAAGGACGUUACCACUUACAAUUACCUGAACCAGAGUGGCUGUUACAGACUCGAUGGUCACGAUGAUUCAGCCAUGUUCGAUGCCUUGCGUCUUGCCUUUGAAGUCUUAAAUAUUCCAGCAGUGAUGGUCAGUGGUAUAUACUCGGUGAUUUCCUCUGUUUUGUUGCUUGGCAACUUGCAGUUUGAAGAUAUUGAUGGUGAGAAAUGUCAAUUAACAGAAAGUGACAAAGAUAUUCUAAGCAAAGUCUGUGAUUUACUGGGCCUUUCUUUGGAAGGAAUGAUUGAGAGUGCCCUCUAUCGUCAAAUACAUGUUCGCGGAACUGUUACUAGUAUACCUUUUAAGGUACAAGAGUCCAGCGAGAACCGACAUGCCAUGGCCAAAGCCUUAUAUUCUCGAACGUUUGCCUGGCUUGUAGACAGUAUCAACAAAUGUAUCAAUCCCGGAACAAACAGAUCCAAGUUUAUUGGAAUUUUGGAUAUUUUUGGAUUUGAAAAUUUUCAGGAAACAUGUGAUAAGACCAACAGUUUUGAACAAUUAUGCAUCAACUACACCAAUGAGAAAUUGCACAAGUUUUUUAACAGUUAUGUUUUUGCUUUGGAACAAGAAAUUUAUGAUAAAGAAGAAAUCUGCUUUUCCCAUAUAAAUUAUACAGAUAAUAGUUUGUGUGUGGAACUCAUUGAAAAGGCACCCCGAUGCAUAUUAAAAAUAUUAGAUGAAGAAUGCCGAUUUCCUCAGGGUACUGACAAAUCCUAUUUAAAUAAACAACAUCAGGAAUUAAGUAACCAUCCAUAUUACAUAAAAGGACAAGAUCGUCGAUGCUGGGAAGUGGAAUUUGGAAUCAAACACUAUGCAGGUGCUGUAGUAUACAAAGCACAAGGAUUCCUUGAGAAAAAUAAGGAUGUUCAACAAGAUCAGUUAUUUGAACUAAUGUAUAACUCAACAAAUCCUUUUGUCAAAGAGCUGACACGAUUCCAGCAUCUCCUUGGAGUUCGACUUGAAGACCUUGGUGGCCGCCAAACCAUUUCCCGAACUGCCAGAAACAAACCUACAGUGGCUGACACAUUUAAGCAUCAACUCUCAGCCUUAGUUGAUGUUUUGAAGUUAACAAAUCCUUGGUAUGUGCGAUGUUUGAAACCCAACUCUAAGAAAGUGCCUAAUAACUACCAAGAGUCUGAGGUAUUGUCUCAGUUGAGAUAUUCUGGAAUGUUGGAUCUUAUCAAGAUUAAAAGAGAGGGAUAUCCUGUCCAUGUUCCUCUUGAAAAAUUUCUUGCCCAAUAUUCCUGCCUUCUUGAAGACAAAGAUCCUUCAUUGGAUGAUCGAGCCCAUGUUAUCAAAAUCAUGACAGGAUUGUCCUUACCAAAAACAGAAUGGCAAGCUGGCAAAACAAUGGUAUUUUUACGUAAUUCUGUGUUUGAACCUUUGGAAGAACAGCGGCAGCAGUACCUGAGUGGCAAAGCUACAAUUAUACAGAAAAACUGGCGUAGGUGUAUAGCUCAAAAAAAAUAUCUCCGUCAACGCUAUGCAGUUAUUAUACUUCAAACAAAUUACCGUUGCAUUCGAGAUCGUGUUCGGUUUGUUAAAAAGAAGAAAGCUGCCACCUUACUUCAGGCUCAUGUACGGAAAAUUAUUGCUCAAAGAUUUGCUAAUAAUUUGCGAGAACAAAAACGACUUGAAGAAGAACGAAUUAGGCAUGAACUGCUUGAACAGGAACGUCUGGAAAGAGAACAAGAAGCUGCUGAUGAAGAACUUAUUGAAGAAUCAUUACGGCAAUCUCGAGCCGAAUUGCAAUCCCUGGCUCAUCUUAUUGAGUCUAUGUGGACUCAGCACAAUCCACCGGUGUCACCAAACAGCCUGGAUUUAGAUCAGAUGUUCAGCUUCUUGCAAGAAGAAAAGGCUAACGACCAAUUAGAGACUAAUGAUAAAGAAGAAGCCGUCAACCAAAUAAAUGAAGCCUUUGAAGUGUUGAAUGAUCUUUGGGAGUAUUUACAGGAAGAAAGCCACUCACCCACCCUUGAACAAACCCCUGACAGCGACAUUACAUUUGAAAGGCUCCACACUGAAGUAUCCGACUCACAGAAUAUGGCAUCUGCUCAUAGAAGAAGAGCUGCGACCAACUCUGCUGAUGCUUCUGGUAUGUAUGGCGAUGGUGCUGUUUCUAACUGCAUCCAACAAGACCAAAUGAAUGCAGUUAACCGCAGCAUGGAUCCCAGAUCUGCUUCUCCUGCUCUUCCUCCUCCCCCGCCCCUCCCACCUGGCUUUCCGUAUGAUAACACACCCGAAGAGGAGUUCCCUCUUCCGCCGCCAGACAUGGCAGAUGACGGUGGCGGAGGUGACACGACGGGAGGCCCACCUCCGCCGCCGCCACCGCCCCUGCCUCCUCCUUCGCCGCCGCCGCCCCUCCCGCCACCUCUACCCUCACUGACGCCCGACACCUACUCGGCCAGUGUGGACACCGCAAACUCCGGCCGAGAAAGUCGUGAUAGUGACUGUACAAGUGCUAAUAGCGUGCAGUUCACUCCUCCGCCACCUCUUUCUUCGACGCCACCUCCUCCUCCUCCACCUCCUCUGCCCAGCAAUGAUGCAAGCACGAUGCCAUACUGGAAUGAUCCUGCUGAGCAGUCACCCUCCCCAGCUUCUUGUGUAACUAGUACCAUUACUCCUAAUACUGUUGAUGCUGCCACUAAUCCAACUCCCUCUCCCCCUACUUUUUCUACCAAAUCUACUAGCCCUACUACCAAGCAUGUUACUACUACCACUCAAACAACUUGCGCAGAUAAGUCAAUCCAGGCCACUCUUCCUGAUCCAUGCUAUUCUGCUGAAAUAUAUAUGCAAUCUGCAUUUUGUCCUGUUGCAGCUUUGUCAAUGGAGAGUCCACCAACACUACCACCUCCACCACCUCCACUAAUGGUUAAUGGUAUUGCACCUUCACCUCCUUUACCCCCACCACCUCCACAACAGCCAACAGAUGCACAGGAUCAGCAAAGGACAGCAGUUAGUGUCACAAAUGGCAGCAGUAACCAGACAUUAAAUUCCGAAGAUCCCGACAGUCUGUUGCAGCAAAUAUCAUCAAGCAACAGUAUUGGCCAAAACCAAAAAAUCUCUCUCAAUAUUGAUCAAACCAAACGGAAUUCUUCUUUACUUCCGGCGAAUGGGACUGCUGAUACCAACAGACACAUAGGCAAUGAUCUUCAGGAAAACAAGUUAAUUCUGCCAAGGGAAAACUUAAAAGAUUCAAACCGUCGCUCGUACCUCACUGGAGAUUUGUCCCCUGAAAUGAUUGAGAGUUUUACAAGCACAGGGUCCACAGACCAGGACCAGGUCUACUACGACAUUGUGGAGUAUGCUGAGAAACAUUUCAAUGACCACAUCAAGGAAUCUACAGGGACUGUUAUGAAAUCAUUAAAGAAAAGAAAAUCCAUGCAGGAUCUCCUCUCCAAGGAUGAAAUGCUCCGCUACAAUAAAACUGGAAGCAUCACAACAUCACAUAUCCAUCUCCAUGAUGCUGACAAUAUUCAGUUGGCAUGUUCUUUAUUUAAGGAACUAACAAAAUACAUUCGAGGAGAGGAAACCAAUUCUGAUUCUGUGAUACAAUUUCUGCAGAACUUUGUGAGAUAUGGGCUGGAACGGAUUGAAUUAAGGGACGAAUUAUAUUGCCAGAUAGUUCGUCAGACUCAUAGGAACCCAGAUACUGAUGCUUUGAUAAAGGCCUGGGGUGUGAUGAGUUUUUGUUCUGCUGCUUUCUCAGCCAGCAAAACAUUACAUAAGUAUUUAGUCUCAUAUGUAAAGAAACAUAUUGGUGAUGAAACAGUUGGUAAAUAUGCAAAAAUUUGUUACUCACAAUUACGAAAACCGAGAGUAAUGGCUCGAAAAUUUCCACCAUCUGCAAGUGAGAUUUUAAGUGUACAAAGUUUAAGUCCUUUAGUUUGUAAAAUACAUUUUAUGGAUGGUAAAACUAAAGCAGUUCAUGCAAUGCCCUGUGAUACAACUGCCGAAAUUCUGGAUAAGGUCGCCCACAAAAUUGGUCUUCAAUCUGUUGAGGGCUGGGCUCUUUAUGAGGUUACAGCUGAACAUGAACGGUUCAUACGAGGCUACGAGUAUGUUGCUGAUAUCCUGGCCCAAUGGGAACAGCAAAAGCAUUUAACAAACACACCAAACAAAAGUGAUUCUUUAUCAAAGAAAGGCAACAAGAUAGUCCUCGAUGGUUCUGACUGCCGAUUUGUGUUUCGAAAACGUGUCUAUCGUCAUGUGCAUGAUAUUCCCAAAGAUCCUGUAGAAUAUCACUUACUCUUCGCUGAAGCUGUUCACAAAGUGGUUGAAUUGGAUGAAUUUUCUGUAUCAGAGAAAGUCGCCCUUCAACUUGCUGGUUUACAAGCACAGGUGAUAUGGGGAGAUUACCAUGAAAACAAAGAUUUUCGUUAUGGAGAAGCGAAACAAUACCUGUGUGAACGCAUAUUAGAGGCUGAUAUGAGUAAAGACUGGGGAAACUCUAUUGCAGAAGCCCACGAACAUUAUGGUUUGGGAAAGUCAGAAAUUGAAGCAAACGUCUGGUAUUUGACGUGUGUAAAACAGUUUCCUCUUUAUGGCUGUACAUUGUUCUCAAUAGUGCAUAAAGGAUUAUGGUCACACACCAGUGACUCCUUACUUGCUGUCAACAUGGAUGGAAUCAAAUUUAUUCGUUCUCGGGAUAAAUCUAUUAUUCAUGACUUUAAGUAUUCUGACAUCGAGACUAUUACAUUAGAUCCAAAUGAUAACUACAUCACAUUGGAGCUGUUUAAUGAAACAGGUAUAGGAUGUACACAACGCUGUUUCAUGUUUGAAACUCUUUACAAAGAAGAUAUUGGCCAUCUUAUUGAAAGUUAUUCUCCGGCACAUGCGACUUGGCUGCGGCCAGAGUACGACAACUGGAAAAAGAUGCGUAUGUCAGACGAAGAGAAAUUAAAAUUAUAUGAGGAGGUUGUCAGAACUCGAAGAAAACUUGUUGAAAGUAACAUUCUCCAGCGACCCUCACCAGAAGGUGGAGCUAACUUUUUCCGUUCAACACUGCGCAAGUUGACUAAAACUAAAAUGGAGUAUUUGCGGCAAUAUGCUGAGGCUAGUGGACAUGAGCAGUUUAAUGCAGGCUAUUGGGCCUACAGUAAAGUCCCCCCCAAACAAGCAAUGAUGAUAUUUAAGGAGCAACUUUUAGAAGAAAUGGCACUCAAACUAACUUCCAGUGUGCUUGCUUUUGCAGGAGUUGAAGAUUCAAUUUGCGAUAUAAAUGAAAUGAUAGAAUUAAUUCAAACAUUCAUACAGAGGUGUAUGGAAUGUGUGUUUUUGUGUGAUGAAUUAUAUCUUCAAGCAAUUAAGCAGACAACAGACCAUCCAGAACCUAAUAGCAACGUAAAUCGUCGCAACUGGCAAAUCUUGUCGAUAUUGACGAGUACGCUGUGUCCUAACAACAUCGUGAUUCAGAAAUAUCUACAGGUACAUUUGCGUAAAUGUUGCAUGGAUACAUCCACGGAUGAGGGCAAGUUUGCUCGAUUUGCAUACAAAUCUCUUACAAGGACUCUUGAGAAGAAGGUUCGGAAAUUGCCACCCUCCUGCAAAGAAAUCUACUGCAUUGCACAAAGGAAACCAAUUACUGAACGUAUCUACUUCCUUAAUGGAGAACAGAGAAUGGUAGAAUUUGAUUCAGCCGCCACCUGUGGAGAAAUAAUUAAAACAGUUAAAGCUAAGAUUGGUAUGCGGUCUGAUGCUGAAUGUUUUGCUCUUUAUGAAUAUAUUGGCACAACAGAACGAAAUAUGUCUUCAGAGGAGCGACUUUCAGACACUGUCAGUAAAUGGGAACGACUUAUCAAAACUAGUGCUAGCAGAGAUCCCAAAUUAGUGUUCAAGAAAAGAUUGUUUAUUGAUCCCUAUACAAAUAUCAAUGAUGCUGUGGAAUGUGAUCUAGUUUUCCACCAACUUGUAGAAGAUGUAUUUGAACAAAGAAUUCCUAUUUCUUCACAAGAUGCAGUCCGACUUUGUGCUUUAAAACUGCAAUCUGAGAAUGAAGACAUCAAGAGAGGGGAGACUGAUUAUAGUUCUGUAAUGCGGAUUCUACCUCGUGAUAUGCGGCCUCAGGUAAAAGUAGAAGAAAUCCAAGCAGCUUAUAAAAUGCUAAAUGAUGUCUCACCUCAACAAGCUAUCAUGUCCUUUAUACAAUUGUUGAAGGUUUGGCCCCUUUUUGGCUCAACUGUUUUUGAAGUGUCUCAAUCUUAUACAUCAAGUUUACCAAAGACAUUGCUUUUAGCAGUGCAUCAGCAUGGCAUUCACUUUCUAGAGCUGAAGUCCUUUAAAGUCAUCUCUUCAUUUUCAUACUCAGAAGUUGCUCAUUCCAGUCCUUCUUUGACCAGUAUAAUGAUUGUUAUUGGUCAUGUUGCCAAAGGAUCCAAAUAUAUGUUUAAUACCAAUCAGGCAACUCAAAUUUCUCAGUUGAUCAAGGAUUAUGUUGAAGAAUUACGUUAUCGCUCUGUCUCAAUGCAAGCCAGUUGCCAUAACCCAGACAUUAGCAGUGGUGCAGAUGUAAGAGAGUCAAGCAGGAAUUACCACGAUACAGGCUAGCUAGCAUUUUACACCAUAAAGCUUGUUCGUGUAGGAUCUACAGUAAAACAAACUCUAAAAUACACAAGUCACAACUGAAUUCCAACAAAGCAAAGUGCUUGGACAAUGAAUCCAAUAAUUCAGCUGAGCUGUGCUGCUCCUAACUUAUACCGAUUCCAUCUUCUUUCAGUUUUCUAUUCCCCCAUCCAAUGACUGUGACCCUGUGAAGAUGAUAUGGGGGAAUCUGUUGCAACUGUUUUAUAAUAGUGGUGCAUUCAAAGCUACUGAGCUUUUGUCGAGGACAUUGUCUUCAUUCCCUAGCCGUUAACUAUUUGGGAACAAAUACAGUUUGUUUUGUUUUCUUUUUUCUUUGUUUUUUUUUGCCCCCUCCUCCCAGUAAAUGAAACUUGCAGAGAGUUAUUCAUUUCUUCAAGCUCUCUCUGAGUUACAGUUUUAUUGUACUUAUAUAUAUGUAUAUACAGUCACAUAUAU